GCCGGCACAGCUGCCGCGCGAAGCUGUUGACAACACUACGUAUGCAGGCGCGUUGGUUGGACCCCCCUCAGUCGCCCCGACCGACCGACAGGCUUCUGCCGCUCCUGCGGCUGUGGCUGCUGUGUCCGAUAAUGUGACUCCGCCGACAGUAGUCGUGCCCCCGGUUGUGUCGGAACAAAGUUUACCUGCCGACCUCACCCCUCGCGAAGUCAGUAUUGCUGAUUUGCCAGCCGUAAGUGUUCCGGACGUGCCUGUUGGGGAGUCUUCUGAAAUGUUGGUCGAGUCUCCCCGGCCGAUUUCCGUCCCCGCCCCACCGACAGACAAGCGGAAAUUGCAGUCACAACCGGGCCUGUCCACUUCUGGCGAGGCGGAUGCUAGCAGCGCAGAAAGUGAGGUGUCCCAAGUUUCCACCCAGUCCGCCCCUGCCGAUCCCAAACCAAAGCGUAGGCGGUCUAAGAAACGUUCGAAAACGGCGCCCACUGAGGGCGACGGCGUUUCCUUUGAACAGGCCGUUGAGGGACUAACGGAUUCCUUGGUCCAAGAGCGUCGCGACGCACCUUUCGUGCACGGUCCACCUGUGUCGGUGCCCGCCACCCCCGCUUCCCGGGCCGUCCCGGAUGCCCCACCUGUUCCUUCGGACACCAUGCAGUGGUCUGAAGAUGUGGAGGAGGAUAAUUUUUUCUAG